CUUAACUGCAAAAAUGUACGCCCCAGACUGGCUCCUCCAUCUCAUAUACGGGGUCCCAGCACCAACAACACAACGCAAGAAACCCAUGCAAAUCCUCGCCGUGGGCAUCUCUCGCUCCGGAACCGAAUCUCUCCGCGAAGCCCUACACACGCUUGGCUCCGAGCACACCCACCAUGGCUUCGACACCAUCCUACCCCCCUACGACCUCGAAAAGACAUACCGGCUGCUGAAGAAGAAAUACGCCACCCUACCAGCAUCAGGCUCAACCCCCGGUCCAAAGCUCACAGCCGAAGACUUCGACACAGUUCUUGGCGACUGCGUGGGCGUAUGCGAUCUCUUCGCUGCGGAAUUCGCACCGGAAUUAAUCGCCGCAUACCCGGAUGCCAAAGUCAUCCUCAAUACACGCAAGGAUCUCGACGCAUGGUACAAAUCCAUGCAAGCCACGAUGGGCUAUUUCGAUAUCAACCCCGCCGACUGGGACUGGGUGAAGUCGUGGUUCUGCGGGGAGUUGUUCUGGAUCCGCCAGGCCAUGUGUCGGACGAUGAUGCCGACGUUCUUCCGGGGUAGUUUUGCGUCGAAUGGGAAGUGGGUGUAUCAGCAGCAUGUUGCCAUGGUGCGUGGGCUGGGGCUGCCGGAGGAGAGGUUGCUGGAGUGGUCGGUUGAGGAUGGCUGGGAGCCGCUGUGUCGGUUUCUAGGGAGGGAUGUGCCUGAUGUUGAAUUUCCGAAUGGGAAUCCGCCGGGGGCUUGGGCGGAGAGGAUUGCUGUCACUACUGCGGAGUAUCAUGCUAGGGCUGUUAGGAAUAUGAUUAUCUUUGGGGCGGUUAUCGUGGUGGUUGGGGGGUAUACCAUAGCCAGAUUUGUAGUCUACCAGUGAUUCAAGGGAAGCCGCUUAUAAAUCUAUCACCAUAAAAUGGAUU